UCUCCCUCUAGCAAAUUCUUCAUCUUCCUCAUCCUUCCAAAUUCUCUCUUCCUUCCUUUUUCCUCUUUCAACAUCAGCACAGCAAGAGGGAGAGAGAGAACACAGGCCUACAACAGGGGCAGGGGCAGGUUAUCCUUUCUCCUUCUUCAGGUCUGUCAGCUUUGGUUCUCCUCCACUGGGAAGAAGGGGGAGAGGAACGACCACUUGCAAGUUGUUGUCUUUCAACUUUUCACGGGGCAUCUGCUCAUCUGGGCAUCCUCCUAAGCAUCUCUUUUGGCCACCCCAGGUUGCUUCUCAGCUGUACAUUCUACUUGCCGGCUUUCGCUUUCUCUGAAUGAAGGGAAUAGGAUUCGGUUGCGUUGCCUUAUUCAGUGCCGUGCACUUCCGGGUUCUUUAAAUUCCUUAUUGGCAGAGGAGCGUGUGAUGGUAGGAAUGGGGGGAAGACAGAGACAGUCAUGGGGGGUCUUUUUCAGCUUGCCACAAAAUGAAACCUCAUUCAGUGUCUUUUCGGUCAAAUGAGGUGUCGCGCUCACGGGUUAGCUGAGUUGAGUCGAAUAGAGCUUGCCCAGCACUAGUUAUUAUUCCUGCAUUUAGCUGGGUUUUUCUUGUUCUUGGGGUGGGGAAAAAGAAAAGAAAAGAAGCCAAUCUCUUUGCUGUAAUUCUGAGGGGGAUUUGUCAAAGUCCAUCAAAAUCAGUUCUUGGGAUUGCUUGCUCCCAUGCCUGAAGAAUGCUGGUAGCGCGAUCUUUCGGCAGAAAAUGGGAAGGAUGUGGUUCCUUCUGAUUGCAGUACUUUGCUUGGAAGUGUUCCCGACCGGGUAUUGUAAGAACGUCUCAUCGAGGCCUGCUGUUGUGAACAUUGGGGCCAUCUUCACGUUCAACUCUACCAUCGGGAGAGUCGCGAAGAUCGCCAUUGAGGAGGCCCUGAACGAUGUCAACUCCAACUCCAGCAUUCUGCCGGGGACUAAACUCGCCGUCAAGAUGCAGAAUUCCAAUUGCAACGGAUUCCUGGGCAUGGUUGAAGCCUUGCAAUUCAUGGAGACCGAUAUCGUGGCCAUACUUGGCCCACAGUCCUCGGUGGUGGCCCACAUUAUAUCCCUUGUUGCAAAUGAGCUCCACAUCCCGCUGCUCUCAUUCGCCGCCACGGACCCCACUCUGGCCUCCCUCCAGUUCCCGUACUUUGUCCGGAUGACCCAGAGCGAUUUCUACCAGAUGAGUGCAGUGGCUGAGAUUGUUGGGCACUAUGGGUGGAAAGAGGUGACUGUGAUUUACAUUGACGAUGACUAUGGAAGAAACGGGAUAUCAGCAUUGAAUGACAGGCUUGCAGAGAGGCGGUGUAAGAUCUCUUACAAGGCUGGAAUCCCGCCUGGGUCUGUCAAGAGGGGAAGGAUCAUGGAUCUUCUCGUGAAGGUCGCAUUGAUGGAGGCGAGGGUCAUCGUCCUCCAUGCGAAUCCAGAUUCAGGUUUGAUGGUCUUUUCCGUGGCCCAGUAUCUUGGAAUGAUGGCCAACGGGUAUGUAUGGAUAGCUACAGACUGGCUCUCGUCAGUUUUAGAUUCAGUGGUGUCUUUGCCUUCAGAGACAACAGAUUCCUUGCAGGGAGUUCUUGCGUUGCGACAGCACACACCUGAUUCGGAUCAGAAUAGAGCCUUUUCUUCCCGGUGGAAAAGGCUAACAGGCGGCUCUUUGGGUCUCAAUGCUUAUGGGCUUUAUGCCUACGACUCUGUUUGGCUCGUUGCUCAGGCUCUCGAUGCAUUCUUUGAUGACGGUGGAUCCAUCUCCUUCUCCAGUGACACCAGGAUAAAGUCAAAUGGUAGCCUCCAUUUAGAAAAAAUGACCAUAUUCGAUGAUGGGCCACUGCUGUUAAAGACAAUACUCGGGACAAAUUUCACUGGCUUAACAGGUCUGGUCGAGUUUGACUAUGAUAGGUCUCUAAUUCAACCAUCAUAUGACAUUAUAAAUGUGAUUGGAACUGGUUUUCGGCGUAUCGGUUACUGGUCCAACUAUUCAGGGUUAUCAACUGACGCCCCAGAGACACUCUAUCCUAAGGCGCCGAACCGGUCCAGAGCAAGCCAGAAAUUACAGAGCGUUGUAUGGCCAGGUGAUGCGCUCACAACACCUCGAGGGUGGGUUUUCCCUAAUAAUGGGAAGCAAUUGAGAAUUGGUGUGCCCAACCGCGUUAGUUUUCGUGAGUUCGUGUCGAAAGUUCAUGGGACCGAGAAUUCAUUCAAGGGAUUAUGCAUUGAUGUGUUCACCGCUGCUAUUAACUUGCUGCCUUAUGCUGUUCCAUAUGAAUUCAUCUCCUUUGGAGAUGGACAUCAAAACCCGAGCUACACGGAGCUUGUGAAUCUAAUCACGACGGGCUUAUUUGAUGCUGUUGUUGGGGACAUCGCCAUUGUUACCAACAGGACAAAGAUUGUCGAUUUUACGCAACCAUAUCAAACUUCGGGUCUUCUUGUUGUGGCCCCAUUCAAGAGGCUCAACACGGGCGCAUGGGCAUUCCUUCGUCCAUUUAGUAUAGAAAUGUGGGCUGUCACUGCUGCCUUCUUUAUUGUCAUCGGGAUAGUUGUGUGGAUUCUUGAGCACAGGAUAAAUGAUGAAUUCAGGGGGCCUCCGAUGAAGCAAAUCACAACCAUUUUAUGGUUCAGCUUCUCGACAUUAUUCUUCGCCCACAGGGAGAAUACAGUUAGCACUUUGGGUCGAGCAGUCCUGAUAAUAUGGCUCUUCGUGGUCCUCAUAGUGAAUUCGAGCUACACAGCGAGUUUGACCUCUAUUUUCACAGUUCAGCGGCUAUCCUCCCCAAUCAAAGGGAUCGACACCCUUAGAACGACCGAUGACCCAAUCGGGUUCCAGGUGGGAUCAUUUGCUGAGCAGUACUUGGUCGAGGAACUUGGAAUUUCAAAGUCAAGGCUCGUGCCCCUGGGGUCCCCUGAAGAGUAUGCUAAGGCGCUGCAGCGAGGCCCCAAAAAGGAGGGUGGGGUGGCCGCUAUUGUCGAUGAGCGUCCAUAUGUGGAACUAUUUCUCUCGAACCAGUGCGCCUUUAGGGUCAUAGGCCAAGAGUUCACCAAGAGCGGUUGGGGCUUUGCGUUUCCUCAGGACUCUCAGUUAGCCGUGGACCUGUCGACUGCGAUUUUGACUCUUUCAGAGAACGGUGAUCUCCAACGGAUCCACGACAAGUGGUUGAAGCUGGGUACCUGCAGCUCAGAGACCACCGAGAUUGAGUCUGAGCAGCUCCAUCUGAAGAGCUUCUGGGGCCUCUUUCUCAUCUGUGGCAUUGCCUGCUUGCUGGCUCUGUUAAUAUGUUUUAUCCAGAUAAUGCGUCAGCUGCGCCAUGAGGACCCCGCCGAAACCCCUGCGAGCGGGUCAAGUCGCUCCCAGCGCCUCCACCGGGUUCUAUCACUGAUGGAUGAGAAAGAAGAUCCCUCGAAGAAGAGCAAGAGGAGGAAAGUUGAGUUUGUUUUGGAUGAUGAUGAUGAGGUGGGACGGAUGGAGAAGCGAGAGCAGCAUUAGUCGGAGCAAUUAUUCAUCUUAUUCUUUCGCAGCUACUGUCUAUAUCCACACAAAUGUAUACCAGUUUUCCCAGGAUACUUCUCGUAAGAGAUUUUCUUCUGCAGAUAUAUAUGUCACAGAAGUAAACUUCCGGAACGAUGCCGUUGAUGCCCGAAGUUGUAAAACUUAGCAUUUCCCGCCAGUUUUUCCUUUUCAGUUCAGGUCUGAAGAUCAAGUUGUGGGAGGCAACUCGAAGAGGUCAUUCCACAAACUAUUCUCAGUACCAAUCACUAUAAGGGUGCUCGACAUCGAGGCAGGCUGAGUUCCUCCAAACUCCUCUAGCUGGAGGAAACAGUAAGCAUAGGAAAGGUGAGGUCGUGUGAAAUGAUUCUCAUGAACGUGCCAGGCCUGGUAUAGAUGAUCAAUUUGGACCGGACAACAUCAAGAUUCAAUUUGGACCAGCUAAGGCGAGGAAACCCUGGCUCAAAUGUUUCUAUUUUACUGGGUUAAAUUAAUUCUUAUUUGUAAUUCCCUCGAGGAUUAAAUAUUCUCAAAAUUAUAUAUCUAUUUCCAUAUA